UGAUGAAAUCGUUUUCCUCAUCCCACUUAGGCACUUUUACAAACACACAAAAAAAACAAGAACUAGCUAAAAGGCAAAACACUAACCACGCGCUCCGCAAUGGCUAUCACACGUGCCUCCUUUGCGAUUUGCAUCCUCCUCUCUUUGGCUACCAUUGCUACUGCUGAUUAUUACGCUCCCUCAUCUCCUCCGGUUUACACUUCACCGGUUAAUAAACCCACGCUUCCACCUCCGGUUUACACUCCACCGGUUCACAAACCUACCCUUCCACCUCCUGUUUACACUCCACCUGUCCACAAGCCUACACUCUCACCUCCGGUUUACACUAAGCCAACUCUACCACCUCCGGCUUACACUCCACCGGUUUACAAUAAGCCAACGCUCCCAGCUCCUGUCUACACUCCGCCUGUUUAUAAGCCUACACUCUCCCCUCCGGUUUACACUAAGCCAACUCUCUUACCUCCGGUUUUCAAGCCUACACUCUCUCCUCCAGUUUACACUAAGCCAACUCUCUCACCUACGGUUUACAAGCCAACACUCUCUCCUCCGGUUAACAAUAAGCCAAGUCUCUCGCCUCCGGUUUACAAGCCAACACUCUCUCCUCCGGUUUACACUAAGCCAACUCUCCCUCCUCCGGUCUACAAAAAGUCUCCAAGCUAUUCUCCUCCACCUCCAUUUGCACCAAAACCAACCUACACUCCACCCACCAAACCAUACGUCCCAGAGAUCAUUAAAGCCGUUGGAGGCAUCAUCUUAUGCAAAAACGGCUACGAAACCUACCCUAUUCAAGGAGCGAAAGCAAAGAUUGUGUGCUCGGAGAGGGGGUCAUACGAGAAGAGUAAGAACGAGGUUGUCAUCUACAGUGAUCCAACUGACUUUAAGGGAUACUUCCACGUGGUGUUAACCCACAUCAAGAACCUAUCUAACUGCCGUGUCAAGCUCUACACAUCUCCCGUCGAGACUUGCAAGAACCCAACCAAUGUCAACAAGGGUCUCACCGGAGUUCCCUUCUCGAUGUACUCCGACAAGAACUUGAAGCUCUUCAACGUUGGUCCUUUCUACUUCACCGCCGGUUCCAAGGCUGCUCCCGCCACUCCCAGAUACUGAUCAUCACAUUUUGAUUUAUGAUGAUGAUCUUGCAUGGCAUUAUAUAUGACUAUAUGAGGUCUCUUUAAUCAAUUUAUUAACUGAUUUUUUUCCCUUGAAAAUGUUCUUGUUUGUUUGUUCCAAAUUCAUUUGAUUCGUUGCAUUCUAUCUUUAAUUUAUAAUAAAAUUGUAAGAGGUAUGUACAUCAUUGUUUGACUUAUGCGAGUGAUUAUGCAUGAGAAAUUUAAUAUUGAUAUGUACUAUUUUGAAGAUGAUAAAAGAUACAU